CUAUUAUCCACCUUUUUACGCUGCCUAACAUAAAUUCGAAACUACGCGGCUUAUCAACGUUCGCACAAUGAGAUUGGAGGAGUAUUUUAACGAAGAUAUUCCUCCAUACGCUAUUUUGUCUGGUACUUGGGGCAAGGAGGAAGUGACCUUGCAUGAAUGGACCAAACUUUACCUUCGUCGAGACUUGGAAAAGCACUUUGGCAACAGUAUGGCAGGGACGUUCGCGGACCAUGAGAGGGAAACGACUCAGCAGAAAUCUGGCUACGCCAAAAUUGUCAGUUGCUGCCACCAGGCUCGAUCAAGUAAUAUCGACUACAUAUGGGCCGACACGUGUUGUAUUGAUAAAACGAGCGGCGCAGAGCUUUCUGAGGCCAUCAACUCAAUGUUGCGAUGGUAUCAAAACACUAUACUCUGCUACGCCUUUCUUUCUGACGUUCCGCCUGCGGGAAACAUUGCAAAUGAGGAUUCAGCUUUUCGACAGAGCCGCUGGUUUACAAGGGGCUGGACACUUCAAGAACUGCUGGCGCCAACUGAACUAGUUUUUUUCGAUCAAAAUUGGACCAGACUACACAAAAAGACUGAAAUCCCCAGCCUUCUUUCGAAUAUCACAGGUAUACCAGCCCAUUAUAGUUCCGGCCACAGAGUUCCGAAAGCUAGUAUUGCUCAAAAAAUGGCAUGGGUAUCUCACAGGAAAACCACAAGACGGGAGGACAUUGCGUACUGUCUGUUGGGAAUUUUUGAAGUCAACAUGCCACUGUUGUACGGGGAAGGAGAAAAGGCAUUCACUAGACUGCAGGAGGAAAUAGUGAAGCAAACACAAGACCAAACGAUAUUGGCUUGGGGCCUCGACUUGCCGCUGGAUCAAGACUUCAGUGGUAUUCUUGCUCGAUCACUGGCCGAUUUCGAUGGUUGUCGCAAUCUAGUCCCCUUUACUGUUUCGCAGUUCAACUCUCCCAGCCAGAUAACCAACAAAGGCUUGCAAAUACGUCUCCCCGUGUGGACUAACGGAUCAUGCUUAGACUUCGUCUACGCAGGAAUAGAGUGCACGGACGGGAAAGCCGUAUUCGUGAUUCCUUUGAUACCUCUGCGAAACAAGGUGAUUGAAGCUGGCGAUGAUUUCUGGAGACCACCAAGCAGCAUCCCCAUUCGAACUGUUCCAGAAGAAUUUAUUUUUCACAAGAAAGAUCCAGAACUCGAAUCACAUGUUCCUGAAGGCUGGGUUGAGAAGUUCGUCACAAUAUAUCUCAAAAGGGAUAGUGCACUGGAUGUCCUAGAGUAUAAUGUUUCAAGGCCGAGGUAUCUACCUUUUGAGAUAUACGGGAUUGCUUCGUUAAGUCCUGACAUCUCUCUGAAAGAAAUUUAUACGUACAACUAUUGGCUAGAAGGAAACAGGGUUUUUCGAUUGUAUCCAAAAAGCACAUUGCAUCUAUUUAGCGCUGGAGAAGUAAUCUUUCACGGCAUCUUUCUUCGAUUCUCCUUCACUGCAAAACGUGCGGAUACAGUGGUAGGGUUUCAAUAUCACUCUACCAAUUGCAGCAUCUACCCUAGCCCUCAGGAAUGGAGAAAUUAUAUGCGAUACACGAUUGUCUCGUGGGAACAUUUAGAGGAACGUCGACAGGAUAAGACGAAGAAGGUAUCAAAGUUGACGGAACUGUUCUGGGAAAACCCAGAUUGCGAUUUGGAGAACUUCUGGUUCAGUCUUCCAGACCCGUGCACCCAAGCUUUGUGCCUCAAUGUCAAGAGCGCACGGCCUUGGGUAUUUCGCCUUUACAUACCGGAUCAGAAAUGGUUGGUGGUAGCUGGGGCACCACCACAGAGUCGAACACUGUAGUAUAAUGAGACGAAAUAGUACCGAAAUGUAUUUCGGUGCGGGCUGUCAACAUUACAGCUCAUUUUAGGGCUAAAGUAAGAAUGGAAAUGAAAGAUACCGAGCUAGCAAAAGGACAGGAUAGAUAUUGAAAGAAGAGAUGGAAACGAAGAAUAAGCAAAGGAUAACUGCGACUCAGAUUCAUUGAUCUGGAUAGCCGUAACAAAUAAUGAAACCAGACGCAGACUAGCAUCAAAUAUCCCGG